UUGGAUUGUAAUCUGACAGCUGGAGGCCGGCGGCUCCAUGGCCAUCGCGCCUCUUUCGGCGAAGUCGACCAAACGAGGCGUGGCACACCGCAAGUCCCAAGAAACUACAAACCAAUUAGCAACCACGGUCUAACUUUGCACAUGUCGGUCCAGAAAAGGUCGCGUUCUAUACCGUUUGUCCCGUCCAGGAACCUCCCCGUUAACGACCAUCUCCCUCGCUCUCUCCCUCGCUCUCUCGCUCUUGCGUUCCUAUAAAUAAGAGAAAUAUAUGUAGAUUUACGGAAAUCUCGGGGCGUGAAUGAAGCCCACCAUUAGUAACUUCCAUUGUGUUCUCGUAAAUCUCUCAUUUGUUCUUCAAUUUGUCUGAAGAUCAUAUCUUUUUUAUUUUUUCUUCUCCUUCUUCUCUAGUUGAACUGCUCUCAAUUUCGAUCUGAAGCGAGCGAAGGAAUCGGUCCUAAUUGGUUAUGGCUUCUUACACACCCAAAAACAUCCUUAUCACCGGUGCUGCAGGCUUCAUUGCAUCCCAUGUUUGCAACCGUUUAAUCCGGAACUACCCGGAUUACAAGAUUGUUGUCCUUGAUAAGCUUGAUUACUGUUCAAACUUGAAAAACCUACUUCCCUCUAGAUCGUCCCCCAAUUUCAAGUUUGUUAAGGGGGACAUUGGCAGUGCCGACCUCGUCAAUUUCCUCCUCAUUACUGAGUCCAUUGACACAAUAAUGCACUUUGCAGCCCAGACACAUGUCGACAACUCCUUUGGGAACAGCUUUGAGUUCACCAAGAAUAACAUUUACGGCACUCAUGUGCUUCUAGAAGCCUGCAAAGUCACUGGCCAGAUCAGGAGAUUCAUCCAUGUAAGUACAGAUGAAGUCUAUGGGGAGACGGAUGAGGAUGCUGUUGUGGGAAACCAUGAGGCUUCUCAGCUCCUGCCGACAAACCCUUAUUCGGCCACCAAAGCUGGGGCAGAAAUGCUUGUUAUGGCAUACGGGAGGUCAUAUGGGUUACCUGUCAUAACAACCAGAGGAAACAAUGUAUAUGGGCCAAAUCAGUUUCCCGAAAAGCUGAUUCCUAAGUUCAUCCUCUUGGCAAUGAGUGGGAAGCCUCUUCCAAUUCAUGGGGAUGGAUCUAAUGUGCGUAGUUACCUUUAUUGUGAGGAUGUUGCUGAGGCUUUCGAAGUCAUUCUUCACAAAGGAGAAGUUGGUCAUGUUUACAACAUUGGGACUAAAAAGGAAAGGAGAGUGAUUGAUGUGGCCAAGGACAUAUGCAAACUUUUCAACUUAGACCCAGACACAGUUAUCAAAUUUGUGGAGAACAGGCCUUUUAAUGACCAGAGGUACUUUUUAGAUGACCAGAAGCUGAAGAACUUGGGGUGGUCUGAAGGUACUAGAUGGGAAGAGGGGCUGAAGAAGACCAUGGAGUGGUACAUCAAUAAUCCUGAUUGGUGGGGCAAUGUAUCUGGAGCAUUGUUGCCUCAUCCAAGAAUGCUAAUGAUGCCCGGCAUUGAAAGACAAUCUGAUGGUUCUGAGGAUGGGAAUUCUGCAUCCUCUCAUGCAUCAAGUAAUCCUAGUCAGAGCCGAAUGGUGGUUCCAAUUUCAAGAAGCAAUUUUGCUCAAAAGCCAUCUUUGAAGUUCUUGAUUUAUGGUAGGACAGGGUGGAUUGGAGGUCUACUUGGGAAGAUAUGUGAGAAGCAGGGCAUACUCUUCGAGUAUGGAAGGGGGCGCCUUCAGGAACGGUCACAGCUCUUGGCAGAUAUUCAGAAUGUUAAGCCAACUCAUGUUUUCAAUGCUGCCGGUGUGACUGGUAGACCCAAUGUUGAUUGGUGUGAGUCUCACAAAGCUGAGACUAUCCGCACCAAUGUUGCCGGUACAUUGAACCUGGCUGAUGUGUGCAGGGAGCAUGGGCUCCUUAUGAUGAAUUUUGCUACUGGGUGUAUAUUUGAAUAUGAUGCUGUACACCCAUUAGGUUCAGGCAUUGGGUUCAAGGAGGAAGACACACCCAACUUCACUGGUUCUUUCUACUCAAAAACCAAGGCUAUGGUUGAAGAGCUGUUGAAAGAAUAUGAAAAUGUUUGCACCCUCAGAGUCCGAAUGCCGAUAUCAUCUGACCUUAGCAACCCACGCAACUUCAUUACGAAGAUCUCCCGUUACAGCAAAGUGGUAAACAUUCCCAACAGCAUGACCAUCUUGGAUGAGCUUCUACCCAUUUCGGUUGAGAUGGCAAAGCGGAACUGCAGGGGAAUCUGGAACUUCACAAAUCCUGGAGUUGUGAGCCAUAAUGAGAUUCUAGAGAUGUACAAGAAUUAUAUUGACCCCGACUUCACCUGGGCUAACUUCACACUGGAAGAGCAGGCCAAAGUAAUAGUUGCCCCUCGAAGCAACAAUGAGAUGGAUGCCUCCAAGCUGAAGAAAGAAUUCCCUGAGUUGCUAUCAAUCAAGGAGUCACUGAUUAAGUAUGUCUUUGAACCCAACAAGAAAAGCUUCGCUGGAUAAGUAUCAAAUUAAGCCUUUGAUCACUUAGACUUCAGGACUGACCCCUGCAUUUUUUGCAUUAGAUAAUGGAGUUCGGAUUACCUUUAUACUGUUAUCAGUUUCAGUUAUUACUCAUCAGUAGAUUCAUCUUAUCGUUUCUUCAUUCUAGUGAAGUAGUUUAGGUAAUUUUAUGAGGCUGUUUUAAUAUCAUUCCUUUAUUUUAUUUGUUAGUUUUGCCUUGAUAGUUGUGUGUUACUACGAGGAAGGAACUAGUGUAUGAAUUCUUUAUAUAUAUUGGUAGAUCCUCCAAAAGCUUCUUGUUAUUUUUUUAAUUUAAAUUUAAAAUUUCUUUCUUGAA